AUGGCCAUUGGUUUAAAACUUGGAAAAGAAGACAGUGAGCAAUUUAAUCAGCCUUCUCUUUACAGGAGUAUCAUUGGGGGAUUGCAAUAUUUGACUUUGUCUAGACCUGAUUUGGCUUUUUCAGUGAAUAAACUAAGUCAAUUCCUGCAGAAUCCUACUACAACUCACUGGACAGCCUGCAAAAGAGUGUUGAGGUAUGUUAAAGGUACUUUAUCCCAUGGGAUUCUCUUCACAAAAAGGAAACCAUUUACUCUAGAAGCCUUUGCUAAUGUUGACUGGGUAGGAGACACAAUUGAUAGAAAAUCCACUAGUGGCUAUAGUGUUUUUCUUGGUGGUAAUCUAAUCCAAUGGUCUUCAAGGAAACAAAAGGUUGUUUCUUUGUCAUCAACAGAGGCAGAGUAUAGGUCUCUUAGCCAAGCUGCAACUGAAGUAGUUUGGAUCCAGAAUUUGUUUAAAGAACUUGAUAUUCACAUUAAAAACAACUCUGUUAUAUGGUGUGAUAACAUGAGUGCUGGUGCUUUGUCCUCAAACCCUGUUUUCCAUGCAAGGACAAAGCACAUUGAGAUUGAUGUCCAUUAUGUGAGGGAACUUGUUGCAAAUAAAACAUUAAAUGUCCAAUACAUAGCUACUGAAUAUCAGAUAGCUGACAUUCUUACUAAAGCUCUUCCUAGCUCAAGGUUUGCUCUAUUAAGAGAAAAACUGUGUUUUGCAGCUGAACUUCCUGAAUCACUGUCUGAUUGA